GGUUACUGUCGUCUGCAGCCUCAACACGGCCUCAACACAGCCUCAACACGGCCCCACCACAGCCUCAACACGACCUCAACACAGCCUCAACACGGCCAGAAUGCUCCCAGAGGUGGAUAUAUUUGUGGGGAAUUACACUCUCAUUGACCAGGAUGUGUAUGAGCUAUGGGUUCAGGGUUACUCAGUGGGAGAAACUGUAUCGGUUUUGCAACAACGGGGAGAGUUAGAGACCUGGGGUGCCACCCUAGAGCUUCUCGCCUCCGACACAGCUGACCACUACCGCACCUUUGGUAUGCUGGAGAAGCUCCUAUUGACACCCACCAAGCUGGCAGAGGAAUGGACAUUUCAACUGGAACCUGCCAUUCAGAAGAUGGUCAUUGAAAAAUAUUAUGAGUUUGAUGACAUAGUUAUUCGUGAAAUUAUUGGCAAGAAACUCUCUGGCAGAACACGGAAAGAUCUCGAUGAUGUCUCCGAGAAGACUGGUGUGUUGCUACGGUCGUGCAGACGUCAGUUUGAUAAUGUAAAACGGAUCUACAAACAAUUGGAUGAGAUGAACGGUUUAGUCGUCGCCAAUAUUCAGUCAAUCUUCCUCCUGCCUACUGUCCUUGCCAAGAAAUAUGCAGCUAUUGUCUUCAUUGUCAACAACCGCUUUGAGACGAGUAAACGUAAACUGAACUAUCUCACCUUUGAGGACUUUAAUGUGUGUGCGUCGCUGAUGAUGACCACCUGGACGACUGUCGGUCCUCUCAACCCCAGUACCAAUCUUGGCUCAUAUGGACGAGAUGACACUGAUUUUGACCGAGACUUCCUGAUUGAACUCAGGGACUUUAAACUCUUAUUAGACCGUGAAAAGGAACACCGGAAUGUGACCUUAAGCCAUCUUCGCGGAAAGAUCCCGGACCGUAUGUGUUCAGAAGUUGAGAACAAUUUCAAAGUGUACUCCCGAGGCAUCAUCAACAUCGGGUGUUCCCUCAACAAUUCCCGUGACAUGCGAGACUUCUUCGUGGACACCGUGGAGAAGGUGGUAGAUCCUUGUCGUCAGUCUAGGUGGAAAGUGACAGAGCUCGAGGUGUUCCUUCAGGUGUAUACUGAUGCUGGCAGUGCACUUGACAUCAUGGCUAGAAAACCUAGAGGAAGAAGUAACCACACUCUACGGAUGACCUGGCAGAGGUACAUGAACACUAUGCGAGUCUGCGUAUGCCAGUUGUACCACUCAUGACGUCACGCCCCACCUCUCCGUCUCACACGCACGGCAACUGUCCAAGAAAAAGUGCCGUCGGAAUGACCAUUGCUAUGUAAAGGAAGGGCCUCUGAUAGCAAAAUUUCCUUGACACAGGCUGUCGUCGGCAAGCAAGUUUAGAUUAGAAAGCAACUCAGAAAUUCUCGUCCGACUUCCAGUUUUAUCUAACUCAAACCUCUUCAAAAUGAUCUGAACAAAUAUUUUAAGAAGCUUUCUCUACUCAGAUUCUUCUGAUAUUAAUGCCUAACACAUACUACUCAAGUCAGAUCUUUAUAUAUAUAUAAUUAUACUUGUAAGUUGUACAGAAAUCCUAAUGCAAGGAAGGCAGCAGCAAGGAGAGAAAUGUCCAUGAUAGUUUUCAUGUUAUUGUAUUUGAAUUACAUAAACUGUAUUAAGUGUGUUUAUGAUACUCAUUUGCAUGUGCAUGGAGAACUAAUCCAUUGCUAAGAUCAGAAUUUAAUUAUUGCAGUUGUUUAUUGAGAAAAAAAGAAAACAUAGUUAUCAGAUUGAUAAGCUGUAGCAUGGAAAUUUAAGAACAUCAAAUCUUUCAUUGAAUGUUCAGAACUGUAAUGUGUAAAGGCCUGUUUGUAAGGAUUAUUCCAUUAUUUAUUGUAUUGAGUGAAAAGUACAAAAAGAGUAUUUAUUAUGGAUCUUCAUUGGUGAAAAUCAUGAGGUAGAACUAGCAAAGUGCUCACCAGUGUACAGAUCCAGGGUCAGAAGGUGUGGUCGUCUGUUUCAGUUUAAAUAAAAUAUCUAAAGAACUAGUUAACCGACUUUGGGAGAACUAUAGUAGGUUUGUUUUUGGCAAAUGUAGGAAAAAGAUCAAAGUCAUGGCUUAGCCCUUUCCUUUCCAUAUGCUAUGAUGACUCUGUUUAACUUGUAAUGUGUCUGUUAUACAUACAUAUACUUGUAUCAUUACAUCUUGGCUGUUCAGUUGGGGAAGGGGUUAUGGCCAGAUUUCCUUCUUCAACAAAAUAUUAAAACAAAUUACAGGUUGAUUAAGUUUGACUGAACCUGACAUGUGUGCGAGGUAUCUAAUUAUAGUUUUCUCCAGCAUGCUGUUGAGGUAUGUACUGUAUAUACUCUUUUAAAUUUAAACAUUUUGACCUUUGAUCUACAUUCCAAAAAUAAGCCAACUUGAUUUUGGCCAACACCUGACCCACCUCCCAUAAAAAUCUUGUUUAUAUAAAGAGACAGAGUGAAACAGCAACCUCUGUUAUCCUCUGGUUUGGGUCAAUUAAUUGUUUAACUACUCACUGUUAUGUUAAGUCAGAAAGAUGAAUGACAGUGAAUGAAGGGAUAGUGUGUGUGCGUGUGUUUGCUCCUGACAAAACCCAUCCUGCAUCACUGUGGGUAAAGUCUUGUAAGAGAGAGAGUGAACAUUUUAUAUGACUAAAGGUUCCUGGUGUUCAGUUUUCCCUGUACUGUACAGUUAUAGAUCCAUCACCCAUGUAAAUUUUUAUGCAUUAAAAAAGUUUGUACAUAGCUCACAUUUAUUGAUGAGUGAUUUAAAUAUAAUUGUUAUCCUAUUUAUUGUUAUAUAUAUAUAUACUGUAUAUUGUACAUAGUGUAUAAUGUCAAAUUCUCUUUAUUGUAAAUCAGUGUUUCUGUCAGUAGAGAAACAUGGAAUGGGAAUUUCCUACAAAGACUUAAACUAUUUUUCAGUAUGGAUAUAAUUUCAUGCCAGAUAUCUGCUGUAUAACAAUGGUGCUUUGUUUUAGGAAUCACUUCAAUCUGUAUUUGAAUGUACAGUAGGCUGGAGGGGUGUUUUAUUCACCAUUUCAUUUACUGUAUGAAUUUACUAGUUAGGUAUACCCUAAUACAGCAUGUCUCUUUCUACUAUAAAAGACGACAGCUUAGUUAAGAGUCCAUUUUAUACCACACAAUGCAAGGUCUGCUUGAAGCCAUUUCAUGCUUUGUUUGUACACCACCUUCAAUAGAGAUUAUCACUCACAAGUAAGUGCAGAUGUAGCUACUGUAAUUUUAUAUUUAACUUAUUUUAUUAUUACAGUAGUCAAAAAGUGUGUAAAGAUAUUAAACUUUGGCAAGAAAUUUAACAUAUGAAGGCAGGGAGGGUUGGCUGGCAGCAUUAACGGUUGGCGGUGAAAUUUGCUCUGCUUACAAGUACUGUAUUUAUAUUACUUAAUGCCCCUACUAAUUUUUAUUUUUAAACAAACAUACAGUAUAUGAAACAGUAUGCAUAAUACUUGUCAAGUGUUGUGAUUAUUUGUAGUCGGAGUAUUGUACUACUGGGUAAAUGGUACUGAGGGCCAUGAGUAGACAAGAGGAGGGACAGACAGCUGGUGGUUAUUCGGUAGUAUUUCCUCGUGUUUGCCAUUAAGCUCGGCAUUUUGCUCCUGUAUAUACAUGGAUGUGUUAAUUAAAUUUGAAGAGGGAAUUUUUGGUACAUUUUUUACUGUUUUUUAUCAUGUCAUGCAAACAGUUUUCCUCCUAGCAAUGUAUCUCCCGUUAUAUAGUGGCUUCUUUGUACAGUACUACUUAAUUCUGAGAGGUGUAAAGCUUUUAGGGACACAUCUGUUUUGUGUAAAGAGGGAACCUUAUGCUCUACACAACUGGGAAAUCUAUAUUUAAAAUGGUGCAUCAAACACUGCCAGGUGAACAGUGCAAUGUAAGGGCUGUUGCCUACACUUAAAUGAGUGUUGUGUUGAGGAAUUCAUUGCCGUUAAAAUUUAAUUUUUGGGUUUAUAAAACAAAGCAAUGUUCUGCCAAUUGGUAAACUUGCUAGAAGUGCCAAAGUAGCUCAAUUUGGAGAGAGACUUUAUAUUGAUAGAAAUCUUAGUUUUCAUCUACAGCAUUUAUACUGAAAUCAACAUGCUUUUGAAUAUACUGUACUUCUAGAAGUGAUGGAUUUCUGUAACAUUGUAUGUGCCUUUGUGGUACUUUUUGGUGUGGAAUUUUAUGAAUAUAUAAGUUCACAUCACU